AUGUCCAUUGUGCUAUUUGUAGCUAAAACUUCAUUUUCAUUUGUAGAAACGCUUGGUUGGUAUAGCAUUGAUUGUGGAACAGAUGAAUUACGCAUUGGGGAUGACUUGAUUGUUUGGGAGUCAGACGAGGACUACACACAAACCGGCACAAACAAUCUAGUAUUAGAAAAACAACCACUCGAAGAAAUGAACACUCUCCGAUUCUUCCCUAAUAGGGCGGAACAAAAUUGUUACAUAGUUCCAGCAUACAAACAAACACUCCGAUAUCUAGUUCGUGUUGGGUUCUAUUAUGGCAACUACGACAAUCUUUCUAACUUUCCAACAUUUGAUUUGUAUAUCGACAAUGAAAAAUGGGCUACUGUCGACACAUCGUCGACCGGAGGAGGUCCGGUGUACCAUGAAGCCAUUUAUGUCACUCAUGGGUCAGGGUAUUUCAAAAUAUGUGUCAAACAGACCCGAGAAGGAGAGGUUCCAUUUGUUUCCUUAAUACAAGUUGUGCCUUUAUGGGCCAAUUUGUAUCCCAAGAUGGAGACUAAUGCUACAUUCCAUCUGCUUACUAGGACCAAUUUGGGUGGUGAUGAAGUCAGGUACUCAGGGGUAUAUCUGGACGAAAAGUACAAUCGUAUAUGGACAAAAGGAUCCACACCUUUAAACUGUGUGAAUGUCCCUACUCUACCAGAUUCAAACUCUGUCACAGAAAAUGACCCUCCUUAUACAGUGUUGUUGGACUCCAUCCAAUCCAAUAAUUCUGAUCCCAUCAUCCUGACCGUUGAUCUGCCUCAAAGGACCCCACAACCGGCCUACUUUGUGUUUUAUUUCACAGAAAAUAUUCAGCGUAGUCCCAACGUUACGAGGACUAUGCUGAUCAAGAUCAACGACCAGAACGAUGAGAUCGUGGCAGCACCAGAUUUUGGCAAGAACAAGGUGGUCACCAUGUACCCUGUGAUGGUAGAAGGUCCCACAAUCAAUAUAACCUUGGCCCCCAAUAAUGGGUCCACCCUACCACCCUUGAUUGCCGGGAUGGAAGUAUUUACAAGGACAAAUGCCAUUCAAGAUCAUGAUAAGUCUUCCUCCACCGGAACACUAGAAUAUUUCUCUUUUGCAUACAGGACUAUGCUGAUCAAGAUCAACGACCAGAACGAGGAGAUCGUGGCAGCACCAGAUUUUGGCAAGAACAAGGUGGUCACCAUGUACCCUGUGGUGGUAGAAGGUCCCACAAUCAAUAUAACCUUGGCCCCCAAUAAUGGGUCCACCCUACCACCCUUGAUUGCCGGGAUGGAAGUAUUUACAAGGACAAAUGCCAUUCAAGAUCAUGAUAAGUCUUCCUCCACCGGAACACUAGAAUAUUUCUCUUUUGCAUACAGGUUGGUUUGUAAUUUGUGUUUGGUUGUUGUACUGAUAUAG